AUGGCUCAAGUCCAGGGACAACACGGUCAUAGUGCGGCAUGCUGUAGUAUCCCUCCUAUUGUUGCGAAGGGGUAUGAGGAGAAGGGGAAGUAUGAGACGAUUGGGGGGUUGAAGACUUAUGUCACUGGAUCGGGCAAUGCUUCGAAGGGAUUGCUGUAUAUCUAUGAUAUCUUCGGCUACUUCCCACAGUCAAUCCAAGGUGCUGAUAUCCUCGCUACUAGCGAUAAGGAUAAUCAGUAUCAAGUUUUCAUCCCUGAUUGGUUUGAAGGCAAGCCUGCUGAUAUCUCAUGGUAUCCACCCGACAACGAAGAGAAGGGAAAGAAACUUGGCAACUUCUUCCAGACCACCGGUGCACCCCCCACAACCGCCUCCAAAGUCCCCACCAUAAUCGAAGCCCUCACCAAAGCCUACCCCAGCAUCAAAACCUGGGGCGUAAUCGGUUUCUGCUGGGGCGGCAAAAUCGUCUCCCUCACCACCUCCACACCAUCCACGCCCUUCAAAGCAGCCGCCGAAUGCCACCCCGCAAUGGUCGACCCUUCCGAAGCGUCAGGCAUCAAGAUCCCAUUGUGUAUGCUAGCCAGCAAGGACGAGCCUAAGGAGGAUGUCGAGAAGUUCGAGAAGAAUUUGAAGGGCGAGAAGCAUGUGGAGAUCUUUGCGGAUCAGGUUCAUGGGUGGAUGGCUGCGAGGGCGGAUUUGGAGGAUGAGAGGGUUAAGAGUGAGUAUGAGCGGGGGUAUAAGACUUUGUUGGAGUUCUUUGCGAAGCAUAUGUGA